UCCGAGAUAGUCGGGGUGGCGCGAUCGCUGAAAACGGCUAUUGCCGAUCCGAGGGCAGCGCGCCAGCAUUGAAUUGAGCCAUUCAAUCCAACUAUCAACCAUCGACAAUUGAAUCCAACACUGCAUACGGAGCCGGCCUACUUCCUUCCUGAUCAACUUUAGACUUCCUAUCAACACAAGGUCAAAUCCACUAGAGGCAAUACAGAAAGCUAAACGCCGGUAAUCAACGACUACAAACCCCAGCACAACAAGCCCGCCAGUCGAGAUGAAGGAUCUGAUUCUCGACGCUAAUUUCCCCCGCACGCUCGAUCAGCGUGUAUACCAUCUCGGAAUCCGCUCGGGCGAAGUUGCUAAUCGUAUCGUCACGGUGGGGGCACCUUCGCGGGCCAACGGUAUUGCGUCUCUCCUCGAUGCGUCGCCCAGGCCCUUCACGGUCACCUCGGAACGUGGUUUCACCACCAUAACGGGUCGAUACAAGGGCGUACCCGUGUCAAUCGUCAGUAUUGGUAUGGGCUAUCCUAACGCCGACUUCUUCGUCCGCGAAGUAAGAGAAUGCCUCACGGGUGAUAUGGUCGUAAUAAGGCUAGGGUCCUGCGGCGGUCUCAUUGAUGUCCCCGUCGGCACAAUUGUCGUGCCCAAGGCCAGCAUCGCCAUUACGAGAAACUACGACUUCGAAUUCAUUGACGGUGGCUCCUCCGAGCCUCCGUACAGGAUCAGCAAACCAGUAGAUGCUGACCCCCAGUUGCAUCGUACUCUGAGCGACGCGCUGCAACGCACUCGCCCUCCUACAGUCUCCACAGGCGUCAUUGACAACACGAUCAAUGCAUCCGCCGAUAGCUUCUACUCUUCCCAAGGACGUCAGACGUCCUUCCCGGAUCACAACGAGACUCUCAUUGAGCAGAUGAAAUCGAACCAUGCCAACCUGGCAACUCUAGAGAUGGAGACGUUCCACAUCCUCCACCUCGCUGCGAACUGGCCCAGCGCCACGCAAACGACGGCGACCGUCACGCCGCCCGUCACGGCCCUCCCGGUGGCACCCGCGAUGACGGUGCCCCCGUCGCCCUCGACCCAGGGCCAACCCCCGAAUGUGUCGACUUCCGACGCAGAAGGUAAGCCCCUCCGCCCGAAGCCACGCAUCAGGGCCGCAGCGGCACAGAUGGUCUUCGCGUCGCGCACGUCGCAGGACUUCAUCACCCCUGAGACGGUUGCGGAGAUAGAGGCAUGGAGUGGCCGUGCGGUGCUAGAGGCUCUCGUCGGAUUUGAGAUAGAACCCCAUCACUUGCACGAGGAGGCCGGGAGCGUAUGGGAGCUCAGAUGAGCUGCAGGAAGAGUGUUCUACGUGCAGACCAACCAGUUCGCGACGCACUGAACACACCAUAAGUAGAGUGAUCAUUAGACAGAAGACGGUGGCUCUGGGAUGAGUUCAAGUUGACUCUCGGAACUGUGCAUCACUCAACUUUCGCUUGGACCUGUACGAACGAACGACGACUUAUGCGUGAAUCAUACACGAAUAGCAGUCAAAAUGGCGGGAGUACUAAUGGGAUUCCUCAGGUGUCGGGAGAAAAACAGGGAUGCAAAAACGAAAACGGAUUCCUCCCUGGCGGGGAGUCGAACCC